CCCUCAUACUGUUUAGGGUCAGCUUUCUCUCUCUCUCUCUCUGGAAAGAAAUGUGCAGUUAAUUAUCAUAUGUAUAAGUAAGUUUCAGGAAGGGGGCUGUGCUAGCCAAAUCCCAUCAGAGCCAAGAGCAAGGCAGUUUCUUAUAGGGGGUGGAAAGCAGACCCUGAAAAUAUAAGUGCAGAAGGAGAGCAGGAGUGCAGACUGAGCUCUCAGCACUUUUAUCAGCAGGACUGAGUGAGCCUUUUGUGGAACAGAGGCUGGGAUCUCUGGGAAUAAUAUCCCCCCUCCUUUCUCUCUCUCUCUCUCUGUGCAUUCACCAAAAAAGCCCAGGCAGAAAUCCCAUCCCCAAAGCCUGGAUCCUACACUGAAAAACUUGGAUCCACCUCUGGAGCAAGCUCUGUGACUUUACCCAAGGCUUGAAAUAAGGACUUUGUACCUAUAGGGAGGUGGUGGUGGGGGGGAACAAAGUCACAAGCUCCCUGUCUGCUUGCUGUCAUUGACUGUGUGCAAAUCUGGGCAGCCUGGAUCUAAAGAAAUUUGUCUCCAACUGCAACACCAGCAUGCAGAACUACAAAUAUGACAAGGCGAUGCCCCCCGAAAGCAGGAACGGGGGCAGCAACACUUUAAACAACAAUAAUGGCACUGGGAGCUGCAAGAGGAUUCUGCUUAUUUUUCUGGAUCUGUUCUGCCUUGUUGUAGCCUGUGCCCCAGCGGUGGUGACGAACUGCACCUCCCUUAUCCCGACCUACCAGAGGGGCUUUUUCUGCAGUGAUGGGAGCAUAGGACAUGAGUUUAUGAGAAGCACCAUACCGGUCCGACUGCUCCUUUCAGUUGGGCUUUUGGUGGCUUUGGUUACUAUCAUAGUCGGAGAGUUCUUCCGCAUCUACUACUUGAAGGAGAGGUCCUAUUCCUUCAUCCAGAAUCCCUACGUGGCCGCCUUGUACAAGCAGGUCGGCUGUUUCAUCUUUGGAUGCGCCAUCAGUCAGUCCUUCACAGACAUUGCCAAGGUGUCCAUUGGCCGCUUGAGACCCCACUUCCUGGCGGUCUGUAAUCCGGAUAUUACAAAGAUCAACUGUUCCUUGGGAUACAUUCAAGAUUACACAUGUACAGGCCCACCCAAUAAAGUCAUGGAAGCAAGGAAGUCGUUCUUCUCCGGCCACGCCUCCUUCUCCAUGUACACCAUGCUCUACCUGGUGUUUUACCUCCAGUCGCGGUUUACGUGGCGAGGAGCCCGCCUCCUGCGUCCUCUCCUGCAGUUCACGCUGCUGAUGAUGGCGUUCUACACGGGGCUGUCCCGGGUCUCGGACCACAAGCACCACCCCUCGGACGUGCUGGCGGGAUUCGUACAGGGAGCGCUGGUGGCGUACUGCAUAGUCUUUUUCGUCUCCGACCUUUUCAAGCCAUCAAAGAAGAGCUGCCCACCACCCCCUGUAAAGAAGGACACUCUGUCACCUGUGGACAUUAUCGACAGAAAUAUCGUAUAAAGAACCACAAAACAUACAAAAAAAAGAUCGUGAACAUAACUUCUGACGGUGAAUUCAACUACCUGCUGCUUUCAAAUCUCAUCAGACAGUAGAAUGUAGGGAAAGACUGUAUACCCAACCAAAAAAGAAAAUAAGAAAAAAAAAAUCUAACACAUUUUUUUUUUGUGUCUGCUAUGAGGCCUUUUUUCGAUUUGCAACGGCGCAUAACGUGGGUGAUUACCGACUAACAGAAAGCCAAGCAACGGCGGGACAUGGAGUUGGAAUUCCGGAUGUAGAACCCGAUCAUUAUCUUGUUCAUGUUUUAAUGAACAAUUAUCCUGUUCAUAAAUUUAUGAACGCUAAACUUUUUUUAUUUUUAUUUUUUUGUUUUUGUUUUUUAAAAGGGAGUCAACUAGAUCUACUAAGCUCAUAGAGAAGCCCACAAGUAACGAUAGCACUUUUUUUUUUUUUUUUUAAAGUAGAUAUAACACUGACCAUCGGGCCCAGGUCCCGAGAGUCACUGUGUCUGUUGUAUCUGUGUGGUUCGAGAGAGGUUGACAACACCAGAGGGAUCUCUGUGUGCAAAGAUCUGUACAUACCUAUAUAUAUAAAGGAAAAAAAUUUGCAUAAUUCACCAGUAAUUAAAAAAAAAAAAAAAACUAAAUCAGGCAUUCACACUAAGGAUUGCCAAGUUGGCGCCCUUUCUUCUGUGUAUCCUACUUAAGGCCACCAGAAAAAAAAAAGACUUUGCCGAAAAUUUGCCGAAAAAAGACUUUGCCGAAAAUUUGCCCAACGCAGCCCUUGUUCAAAGUUCUCUUGGAGAAGAAGAUUCCUUAUGGAAGACUGUCAAAGAGUUCUGUGUCUUUGCUUGAGACUUUUUUUUUUUUUUUUUAAGCACUAGUAACUUUGGGGUGGAUACCCAAACGUUCGAUAUUUCAUAGCAGUUUCAAGAGGUACCGCGGGACGGUCCUCACUCAAAAAAAAAUAAAAAAAAUCCCAAUUCAUUCUGUCCAGUUGCCAAUUUUUUCGUCUGGAGCGAGGUCCUUUAAAGCCAUUGCAUUUCACAACACUUAGCAUUAGAAGUCUACAGAAAAAAAAAAAAAACUCUUAGGCCUAGGUUGGCAAGGCCACCAUUGUGGAACAACGCGCAGCAAUCUACCAUAACGCAACAACUACGACAAUCGGUCGGACUAAUGACGGUGUGCUGUGGGUUAUACGGCACUUUAGCACGCAAAAAAAAAAAAAACGUUCCAAGCGUUCAGUCCAUCGGGAGGCAAGAGAAAGAAAAUCUGAGGCGUUCGAUAAAAACCUGU